AAUGAGUCAGUUAGGAUACCUGUGGUAACCAAUAUGGCGGCUGCUUCACCUUUGCCUGACUCCUUAGCUGAAAAGCUAUUCGGUUUCUGUUCUUCCCAGAUCAUAUUCACAGCCUUAGAACUUGGAGUUUUUGAUGUCUUAGAAGAAUCCAAUCUUCCACUGUCUUCUAAAGCAAUAUCUGAGAGUAUUUCUACAAAUCAAGAUGCCACUGAAAGACUACUUGACGCACUUGUGUCUAUGGGUUUCCUCAAGAAAACAACCUCAACUACUAAUCCAAAAUACAGCAACUGCCCGGAAACUAAAGCCUUUUUACUGAAAAACAGUAAUAGUUCUAUUCAUGCCCUUAUGCCUAUGUUGAGAAAAUCAUACACUCUAUUUGAAAACCUCACCAGCGCCAUACGGGAGGGCGAAAACCAAUGGGGCAAAACAGGCUUUAUAGCGCGCGUCUUUCUUUAUACUAUGAGCUUGUUAAAUUACUUGUUAGGUACAUCGAUUGACUUGUUCUCGUUUGUUUACGCCACUAAAAGAGGUUUGCUAGUGUUCCUAGAAGGACUGAGAGGAUCUUCCAAACUGGAUGCAGAGGGGUUUGUGACAGCAUUUGACUUGACCAAGUACAAAAGGAUCUGUGAUCUUGGAGGCGCUACAGGGGAUAUUGCUCAAGCUGUCAAUAAACACUACCCGGAAAGCAAGGUUACUGUAUUUGAUUUGCCAAAAGUUAUUAAAUGCUCCACAGAAUUCAAGAAUUACAAAUCAAAUGGCUCAAAAAAUUCUAUUGAUUGGAUUGGUGGGGAUUUCUUCAAGGAUAAUCUUCCAGAAAAUGACCUUUUCAUACUAACAAGAAUCCUUCAGAGCUUUGAUGCAACUAAGAUUGACAUUUUGUUGGCACGAGUCUAUCAACAAUUACCACCAGGUGGUGGAUUACUAAUCGGUGAGAAACUUCUUGAAGAUGAUAAGUCUGGUCCGUUGUUAGGUAAUAUUAGUAAUCUAGCAAUGCUGGUCGCUGGCAAUAAGGGAGCCCGUGAACGCUCUGGACUGGAGUACCAGCAGAUACUUCAGCAACAGGGUUUUACUAAAAUACAGUACAAGAAAACAGGGGGCACAUUUUUAGAUGCAAUUUUUGCCUGUAAAGAGUAAGUUUCUAAAGAAAUAAAUUAACAAUAAUAACUCAUAA